AUGUUCAAUAAGUUACCUAAAAUUAUAUUUUUAAUAAGUUACUUAAAUAGAGUAUCAUUACAAUGUACUGUUACUGAUGUCAAGGGCUUAUUGGAGGGAUGCGACAGAUUGACGGGGCUAAAUAUCACUAGUGUAGGUGGAACGAUGGUUAACGAUCAUAAUUGUGACGUCCUCUUACCUAAACAAGUGUUUUAUGAAGAGCCGCUGUUUCAAUAUUCUUUGGCAGAUUCGAAAAAGUUCUACACUAUCAUGGUUGUAGAUCCUGAUGCUGCGCCACAGUCGGAAGGAGAAUUCUACCUUCAUAUGUUGAAGUCUAACAUACCAGGCUUAGCUUUAAAAGCUAAAGAGAGCAGUAAAACUGUCGGAAUCGACUACAGAGGUUAUAAGCCGCCUGCGCCACCUCGCGGCAUGAACACACAUCGCUAUAUGAGCUUGCUAUAUGAACAAGCAGAUGGGAACAACUUUUUGCCCACCGUGCCCACUUCUCGCAAUCGCUUCGUGCUUGCUAAAUGGCUUCACGGGAAGAACCUAUGUGGCCCUGUCGCUGGAACUCAGUUCCGUUCUCUGUUCUAGAUGGCGCUGCUUAUCACGUUACAAAAGAAUAAUAAGAUUAGAAAGUAUU